CUGUAAUAAUUAAACAAAUCCCUGUACCUAUGAUAUGAUAUUUAUGAUGAUUAAUCAAGCGUUAUUUGCGUCCUAACAGGAUUAAUAGUCGCCUCCGCGUGAAAGCGGCCGACACAUGCGGAGUCAGUGAGGACAACGCGAUGAUGUGAAACGCGUCUGGACUUGUAACUUCUAGUCAAAAAGGUAAAUAUGAGACAUGUUGAUGGGCUGGAGGAGCUUUGUUCUUGUGCUGAUGCAUUGUGGUUUGCCUGCAGACAGAUGUGACAGACGUGCGGGCAGUCUGAUGAUGAAGGCGUCUCCUGGGUUGGAUGGUUGGACGCUAGUUUGAAGUUUCUGUCAUGUCCAACCCGGUUCAGACCACCUCUGAUGGUCUGUGUAAACUCGUCCGCUGGGCUCACAGCCACGGCACCAUCUGCAACCUCAUCCCCAGCCUGCAGCACCUCACCUGUGGCUCUUACGUGCUGACUCCAGAACCAGGUCCCCAUGGCGGCAGCGUCCCCGUCGCCGUGUGGGGUUGUGGCGCUGGACACGCCUACCACUGGCCCCUCAGUGACCAUAGCAAUGGCUGCGAGGGCUCAGCGAAUAAAAGCCAGGGCCAGGAGAGGUUUGUUGGAGGGCGUCCGUCCAAUAAGUUGACAGUGAGGCCGUCUUGUGACCUCUCUUGUAGCGAAGCUGCAUCAGAGGGGGAGGAGUUCAGCAGCCGGCUGUUCGACAUUGCUGGAUGUGAUUCCUCGGCCACUGACGAAGAUGGCGACUACGAGCCCCGCCCAUCCAGGAAAAGAGGCGUGGCACCUGUCGGAGGAGCUGCGGGGAAGAAGGUCAAACAGGAAGCAACCUCAGCAGAGGAUUAUGACACUGCUGCCAACAUCACUAGCAUGGGGCUAGCAGUGACAGCCGCUGUCGAUGUUUCGCAGGAUUGUCGGGCGCCAAGCGCACACUCUCAAAUCACGCACACACUGUUGCCUAACAAGCCCCUCACACCCUGCCCUCAGCCCAGGAAUGGACAGGACCCAGGGUGUGAGGGAUCAGUGAACCCAGGGAUGGAGCCGCUGGUAGGAGGCAGCUGCAUGACAGGGACCACGGACCAGGCCGAGAGACGCAGCUCUGCCACAGGGCCUACAGAGAAGAUGGCAGGCGGGCAGAAUGAGCUGGAGAAGCUGCGAGAGUUACUGUGUGCCGAACGCAGCCGCAACCAGCAGAUGACAGAGAUCAUCUCCGGUCUGAAGCAGGACAAACAGCUGCUGCAGCAUGAACUCACUAAAAAAGCCGAACUCAUCUGUGACUUCCUGCAGGACAAACUGAGGCCAGAGAAGAGGCGGACUCGUUGCUCUAAUCAGAUGGAACCAGGAAGUUCACACAUGACCUCUGCUGAUGAUGUGGCAGGUUUCGAUUCGUCGACACUGUUUGACUCGUUUGAGGAAAUGGAGCUUCACCCUCUGGAGCGCCACAGGACCCUGAAGAGCAAGAGGAGCCGGGACGGAGAAAACACCCGAGUCAGGAUGAAAAACGUGGUGGGUGUGAUAGCGCGCUACAUGGCAGCCCUUCAGGAGUUUCGCCGCAGCGUUUCCAUGAAGGUGGCCUUCGACCGGGUCGGCGUGGACCGCAACACCAUCUCCCGCACUGCGGCCAUAGCUGAGCUCAGCCUGGCCGCUCCGGAGGUCUUUCACGCACUGGCGCCGUGGGAUGAGAAGGAGGAGACGCUGGCACAUUAUGCCCACCGCUGCCGACAGGCGAUGGAUGACAACAUUAAGGCCAAGAUCAAAACGAUGAAGUCCAAAGGGGAACUGCUGCCCAUUGUGUCAAAGUGACAGACAUAGAUAGUGUGCUGACUGAAUCAGAGGCCUACCAUGCACACUUCUUGAACAAAAUUCAACAUCAAGCACCCUGUCAAAGAAAAAGCUCACCCUGGGAUUCUCCUAUCCAACCAUCUGAGUCUGUGUUGGUCAGUUUAUCACAACAUUUUUACAACCUCGUGUACUUCUGAUCAUCAUGUGGCUGCAUUCCAUUCUGGCCACACUUCUGCUACUGCGGGUGUAGAAAUAAGUCUUUCUGCCUCCCUUCCAAUGGAUUUCUCCUCGUAUGGUUGUGAAAGAAUAAGCUCUUGUUCUUCAAUUCUCCAAACUGUCGCCACAACUGUCAGCCAUUAUUUAAUGCGGCAAUCACGGCAGCUCAGAAUUAAUUAUAAUCAAGUUCCAACUUUUGAAAGUAACAGUAAUAAGUAGUAGGUAACUUCUGUUGGGGUCACUCAAACCACUAUAUUAUUAUGUGGCUCUGCCUUUGAUGUUCUGAUCAAUAAGGGACUUUUUUUUUUUAAUU